AUGUCCAUAAUCCGUGCCGCUACACAGCUCCGACUCCCCCAAAUUGCCCCUGAUCACAAGAGCCGAGAGGAAGUUGUUUCCAACUCUAAAACCGCCGAUGGCGGCAUUUCUUCGACCCCGAGUUGGCUGACACCGUCCCUUCAAAGGGCAUCUGUCUCCGUCCGCAACUCUUCGAAGUUUUUAAACGCCACCGCGAACUCGGACCGAAUAAUUCAGGCUUCCAAACUCGCUACAACUGUCCCGACGUUGCGUCACCUCCUAGACAAUUCACGAUCGUUCGCUCAUAGUUCCGACCGGCCUUCGAACAUUCCUCAGCUGGUAGAUCUUAAAUUGGCUAGCAUUAACCCUCAAAGAAUGAUCGGAUUAGGGGAGGAAUCGCGUCCCUUGAUAGUGGUCAACUGUACACGGGGCAAAGGGUCAAAAAGGAAAAGGGGAUAUCCCGGAAAAUACGUUACGGUUGUCAACCCUGUCCAAAUCGUAUCAACAUAUUCACUUCCAUUCAGGAUCGUGAAUAAUGCCGAGUGUUCUGACUAA